AUGGCUGGAGGCCAUCCCAAGAAGAAGUCAAAGAAUGUAUCAGGUCUCUGCAAUCAACACCAGCAGCAGCCCUUCAACAUUAAUCACCAGCCAGCUGACUUACCUAAUGCAGAAGAUGUCAGUGAUGACUCCGAAACUGGCUGCUGGCAGAUGGAAGUCUAUGGGAUGAAACCACAAGGGUACAGAAGUGAGUUUGAUGGGGACAAGUCAGAUAUCAGUGAGGAAGAUACAGGGGAGGGUUUGGAUGAUGAGGAGUUCUGCAGGAGAUUGGAUGAGAUGGCUGAGCAGGAGGAUGACAAGGACUGUGAUUGGAUUCCAUAA